AUGGUAGAAUUAAAAGAUUUGGAUGAUGGCACUCAUAAUGGAGUCGAUCCUUUAACAGAUGAGGAAAUGAACGAUGAUGAUGGAUCUGAUGAAACCGAGGAGGGCGAUGAUGUUAAUACUAGUGAUGUUGAUGUUGAUGAUGGUGGAUCUGAUAAAACCGAGGAGGGUGAUGGAAUUGGGAUCGUUGCUGAUGUUGAUGACGAUCCGAGGAGAGAAAAGGGAGUUUGA